CCCCUGCCGGCCCUCGCGCGCGCGCCCGCGGAGCCAUCCGGGUCCCGGCGGCGCGGCGGGGCCGGGGCCGCGAUGCAUCUGCACCAGGUGCUGACCGGCGCCGUCAACCCCGGCGACAACGGGUACUCCGUGGGCAGCGUGCAGGACACCCCCUUCACGGCAUAUGGCUCUGGUUGUGACAUUGUUAUUCUGGCAAAUGACUUUGAAUGUGUGCAGAUUAUUCCCGGUGCUAAACAUGGAAACAUCCAGGUCAGUUGUGUGGAGUGCUCCCAGCGACAAGGCAGGAUUGCAGCAUCAUAUGGAAACGCUGUUUGCAUUUUUGAACCACUUGGUAUAAAUUCUCAUAAAAGAAAUUGUCAGCUGAAGUGUCAGUGGCUAAAAACUGGGCAAUUCUUCCUCAGUUCUAUGACUUACAACCUGGCCUGGGAUCCUCAAGGUGACAGGUUAUUGACAGCUACAGACUUUUUGCAAUUGUGGGCCCCUCCAUCUGAUGACAUUCUAGAAGAAGAUGAAGAUGAUGAUGACAGCAAUCAGAUCAAGGAUGAUAAAGUUCUCCCGGUUCUAAAUGACUGGAAAUGUGUCUGGCAGUGCAAGACUGCAACAUCAGUACAUUUGAUGUCAUGGUCUCCUGAUGGUGAAUAUUUUGCAACAGCUGGGAAGGAUGACUGCCUCUUGAAGGUUUGGUAUCCUAUGACUGGUUGGAAGUCAUCUCUCCUGCCCCAGGAGAAUGAAGAAAAGAAAAAAGGCUCAGAGGAUGUGCAGUUUUCCUUUGUUUAUUUGGCGCAUCCCCGAGCAGUGACAGGAUUUUCCUGGCGGAACAUCAGCAAGUACAUGCCCAGGGGGUUGGUCUGUAAUGUGUUACUCACAUCAUGCCUCGAUGGCAUCUGCCGGCUGUGGGCAGAGACGCUGCUACCCGAAGAUACUCUCCUGGGGGAGCAGAUCUGUGAAACCACCACUUCCAGCAUCAGCAGCACCAUCUCUCAGUCUGGAAAGCAAAAGGAUACUAUACAACAUGCACUAGAGACAAUUCAUCAUUUGAAAAAUAUGAGGAAAGGACAAAGGAGAUCUUCAGUUCUUGUUACCCACACGGAUGUACUGCCAGAUCAGCAGGGCACUCAUGAAGUUCAGCGUCACAUUUCCCAUCAAGCAAAUGCACUCGGUCACUUCCACAUAGCAGCAAGCAUCAACCCUAAUACAGAUAUCCCUUCGGUGUUGGCUGGAACUGCUUUUAAUACAGAUGAAGGCAGUGGAGGCUUUGUUGUCCACUGGCUGAAUAAUAAAGAAUUUCAUUUUACAUCCUCUAUUGAAGUAUUCAUGCAGCAUCUAAGACAAAUUUCAGAACAACAACUAGAACAAGAUUUUGAUAUUGAAGCUGAAGAGGAAGAAGAAACAGAAGAAAAAGAAAAAGAAAAAGGCUUGCAUAUGAAGUUAGAUCAUGAUUUGUCUAUAGACAGAGAAUCAGAGACAGGGACUGGUACAGGCUCUUCAGAACAUGAAGAUGGAGAAAGAGAGGGGAGCCCCAAAACAUCUCUGCUAGCGGGCCCACGCCUGCCUCUGCCAACAGUCUUGUUGGACCGGAAAAUCGACUUGCUCCUAACGGAAUGGAACAGGAAUCCAGAUAUGCUUUUUACUAUCCAUCCUGUUGAUGGUACCUUUCUAGUGUGGCAUGUGAAGUAUUUAGAUGAAUACACUCCAGGCAUCUUUCGACAAGUUCAGGUUUCAUUUUCUUCUAGGAUUCCUGUUGCAUUUCCGUCUGGAGAUGCUAGCUCCCUUAGCAAAAAUAUUAUGAUGUAUGCUUGCCCUGUCUUUGUAAAAGACAGCAGCAGUGCUGCACAGCAGAAAACAAUGGACUUUCCAGAUAAUACUCUAGCAAAUAAAGGACCAAGCUUUGCCCAGGACAGUGCAAAUAUGAAUAUAAUUUCUCCUGUGGUAAUGAUGAUUUCCAAACACAUAGAUGGUUCUCUAAACCAGUGGGCAGUUACUUUUGCUGAUAAAUCAGCUUUCACUACUGUGCUAACUGUAUCCCAUAAGUUCAGGUACUGUGGACAUCGCUUUCACCUCAAUGAUCUGGCCUGCCAUUCUGUUUUACCAUUGCUGCUGACAUCUUCUCAUCACAAUGCUCUGCUAACUCCUGAGUCAGACACCUCCUGGGACUCCGACAGGAUAAACAGGAUGAUGGAUCCUAUUAAACAUAAGAGAGGUUCUUCUAAGCAGCAACUUAAAAAUGCAGCAACUCGUACAUUCCAUGACCCAAAUGCAAUCUACAGUGAGCUGAUUCUGUGGCGAGUAGACCCCAUAGGACCUUUAUCCUACACUGGAGGAGUGUCUGAGCUGGCUCGAAUUAACUCUCUUCACACCUCUGCUUUCUCUAACGUAGCCUGGCUUCCAACACUCAUUCCCAGCUAUUGCCUUGGUACCUAUUGCAACUCUGCUAGUGCUUGCUUUGUUGCAUCAGAUGGCAAAAACCUGAGGCUCUAUCAAGCUGUUGUAGAUGCACGAAAGCUUCUGGAUGAAUUAUCUGACCCUGAAUCAUCUAAACUUAUUGGGGAGGUGUUUAAUAUUGUGAGCCAACAAUCUACUGCUCGACCGGGAUGUAUCAUUGAGCUCGAUGCAAUAACUAACAAAUGUGGCUCAAACACACAAUUGCUUCAUGUCUUCCAAGAAGACUUCAUUUUGGGAUACAAGCCACAUAAGGAGGAUGCAGAAGGAAAGGAAACUGAGAUAUUUUUCCAGCCAUCACAAGGGUAUCGUCCACCACCUUUCUCAGAGAAGUUCUACCUGGUAGUAAUUGAAAAAGAUAGUAGUGGCUGUUCUGUUCUUCAAAUGUGGCAUCUUCAUCUCAAAUCUGUGCAAGCCUGUUUAGCAAAACCAACUGAAGCAUCUUCAGCAGAUAAUAAGCUUAGUGUACCUGAGCAGAAGACUGUGGAUUCUUCUCCAGAUGUAUCACCUGGCAUAAGUCCCAUACCACGAUCUUCAUCAAUUGCUAACCUUCAGACUGCCAGUAAACUCAUUCUCAGCUCCAGACUUGUGUAUAGCCAACCCCUGGAUCUUCCUGUUGGUGUGGAAGUGGUGAGAGCAACUCCUUCAGCAGGUCACUUGAGCUCCUCAUCAAUAUACCCUGUCUGCCUCGCACCGUAUUUGAUAGUAACGUCCUGUUCAGACAACAGAGUGCGGUUCUGGAGAUGCACUGUAGAGACUGACCUGAACAGCAGAACUGAGGAGAAGGAGACCUACCACUGGAGAAAAUGGCCUUUAAUGAAUGAUGAGGGGGAGGACAACAGCAGUACAGUUAGCAUAGUAGGAAGGCCGGUUGCUGUUAGCUGUUCUUACACAGGACGUCUUGCAGUAGCGUACAAACAACCCAUACAGCAUAAUGGGUUUGUUUCCAAAGAAUUUUCCAUGCAUGUUUGUAUACUUGAAUGUGAGUCUACUGGAGGAUCAGAAUGGGUUUUGGAACAGACAAUUCAUCUGGAUGAUUUAGUAAAGGUUGGAAGUGUACUUGACUCAAGGGUCAGCGUGGAUAGUAAUUUGUUUGUUUACAGUAAGUCAGAUGCUUUUUUGAAUAAAGACAAAUACCUGGUGCCCAGUAUCAAGCAUUUGGUGCACUUGGACUGGGUUUCAAAAGAAGAUGGUUCACAUAUACUGACAGUUGGAGUGGGUGCCAACAUCUUCAUGUAUGGAAGGCUCUCAGGGAUUGUAACAGAUCAAACCAGCAGCAAAGAGGGAGUAGCUGUCAUCACCCUGCCACUAGGAGGGAGCAUAAAACAAGGUGUGAAAUCAAAGUGGGUGUUGCUGAGGUCCAUUGAUUUGGUUUCAUCCGUGGAUGGCACUCCUUCCCUGCCCGUGUCUCUGUCCUGGGUGAGAGAUGGAAUACUGGUGGUGGGAAUGGACUGUGAAAUGCACGUUUAUGCCCAGUGGAAACACGCCGUCAAGUUUGGUAACGGAGAAAGUGACGUUUUUCCUUCUGAAGACUCAACAACACAAGAUCCAUUCAAAACAAGCGCAGUAGUGAAGAAGACCAGUGUAAUUGAUGGGGCAGGUAUUGUGGAUGAUGUUUUUGGCACUCCAACUGUAAUUCAGGAUGGGGGCCUCUUUGAAGCUGCUCAUGUUCUUUCACCUACUCUACCCCAGUAUCAUCCAACCCAGUUGUUAGAACUGAUGGACCUGGGUAAAGUUCGCCGAGCCAAAGCCAUUCUGUCACAUUUAGUUAAAUGCAUUGCAGGAGAAGUUGCAAUAGUCAAAGACACGGAAGCUGGAGAAGGGACUGGUCCUAAACGCCAUCUUUCUCGCACCAUCAGUGUGAGUGGCAGCACUGCCAAGGAUACCAUCACUGCUGGGAAAGAUGGUACCCGAGACUACACAGAGAUAGACUCAAUUCCCCCACUGCCGCUGUACGCACUGCUUGCUGCAGAUCAGGAUGCCACCUAUGUUGCCGAAGAAACUUCUAAAAUACCUCAGGGCUCUGAAGACCAUGCAAAGAGAAAAACAGAGGAUCAGUACUCGGAUCUGUUCCAGAUUCAGGCUGUUACAACUGAAGACUUUAUAGAUUUUGAGCCUGAAAAGAGGGAGAGUAAAUCCAAAGUUAUUAAUCUGUCACAGUAUGGGCCAACUUACUUUGGUCGAGAACACGCCAGUGUCCUCUCAAGCCACCUGAUGCACUCAAGUUUGCCAGGCCUCACUCGACUGGAGCAGAUGUUCCUUGUAGCUUUGGCAGACACUGUGGCCACAACGAGCACUGAACUAGAUGAGAACAGAGAUAAGAAUUACUCAGGAAGAGAUACCUUGGAUGAAUGUGGCCUCCGGUACCUGCUGGCCAUGCGCCUGCACACCUGCCUGCUGACAUCCCUGCCUCCCCUGUACCGUGUCCAGCUGCUCCACCAAGGCCUGUCAACUUGCCAUUUUGCAUGGGCUUUCCAUUCUGAGGCUGAGGAGGAGUUGAUCAAUAUGAUCCCAGCUAUCCAGAAGGGAGACCCACAGUGGUCUGAGCUGAGAGCUAUGGGCAUUGGUUGGUGGGUCAGGAAUAUCAACACUCUCCGAAGGUGCAUUGAGAAGGUUGCAAAAGCUUCAUUCCAGAGGAACAAUGAUGCCUUAGAUGCUGCACUUUUUUACCUUGCUAUGAAGAAAAAGGCAGUGGUGUGGGGUCUGUUUAGGUCCCAGCAUGAUGAAAAGAUGACUGCCUUUUUCAGCCACAACUUCAAUGAAGACCGAUGGCGUAAAGCUGCUUUAAAAAAUGCUUUUGCUUUGUUGGGAAAACAACGUUUUGAGCAGUCAGCUGCAUUUUUCUUGCUAGCAGGUUCACUAAAAGAUGCUAUAGAGGUGUGCCUUGAGAAAAUGGAAGACAUCCAGUUGGCCAUGGUCAUUGCUCGUUUGUAUGAAUCAGAGUUUGAAACCUCUGUCACAUACACCUCCAUUCUCUAUGAAAAGAUUUUGGGUUGCCAGAAGGAUGGAACUGGAUUCAGCUGUACUAAGUUGCAUUCUGAUCCAUUUCUGAGAAGCAUUGCAUACUGGAUAAUGAAAGAUUAUACACGAGCACUGGAUACAUUAUUGGAACAAACACCCAAAGAUGAUGAUGAAAACCCAGUUAUUGUCAAAUCCUGCAAUCCUGUGGUGUUCAGUUUCUACAACUACCUUCGGACCCACCCUUUGCUCAUCCGAAGAUACUUCAGCUCACCAGAAGGAACCCUCGCAACCUUAGGUCUAAAAACUGAGAAAAGCUUUGUUGAUAAAAUUAAUCUUAUAGAAAGAAAAUUAUUCUUCACUACUGCAAAUGCUCAUUUUAAAGUAGGCUGCCCUGUACUAGCCCUUGAAGUCCUUUCCAAAAUUCCAAAAAUAAGAAAAAAGUCACCUCUAGCUGGAGAAAAAGAUUCAUCUAGUCCUUCAAUCCAGGCUGAUGUGUCAGAUUCCAAAGCCCUACAGGAUGGUGCUGGAAGUGGUGAUAUAGACUGGUCAAAACCCAUUUCAUCUUCCUUUGCUUUGGACAGCACUGUUGAAUCUUCAGCGCAAUUUGACUGGAGUCAACCAGCAGUAAAAUUUGAUGAUGAGCCCCUUACUCUUGAUUGGGGUGAAGACAAAAAUGAAUCAGAUGAAGAAGACAAGGAUGUUGGGAUAAUGAUGAAAAAGUCUGAUUCUAAGAGUGAAGAUGAGAGGACCUCAGACACCAGCAUGGCUCAAACACCGCAUGGGGAGGUUUCUGAGGCUGGAGACACUGAGGUUGAUGUUAUUGCUGAGCAACUGAAAUUCAGAGCCUGUUUGAAAAUCCUUAUGACUGAACUGAGGACUUUGGCUACAGGUUAUGAAGUGGAUGGAGGAAAGCUCAGAUUUCAGCUGUACAACUGGCUGGAAAAAGAGAUUGCUGCUAUGCAUGAAAUAUGCAACCACGACACAGGGGACAAAGACUACUGUAAAACAUAUACCAAAGUAAAUGGGGAUCUGCUUGACCCCGAAGAUAUUAUGGAUAAGCCAGACAUUGGCUCGUACGAGCGGCACCAGAUCGAAAGACGCAGGUUACAGGCCAAGCGAGAACACGCUGAGAGACGGAAGUGGUGGCUGCAGAAGAACCAAGCUCUUCUCAGAGUUUUCCUCAGUUACUGUAGUCUUCAUGGGGCACAAGGUGGAGGUUUAGCAUCUGUAAGGAUGGAGCUGAAGUUCUUGCUGCAGGAGUCACAGCAGGAAACUACUGUAAAGCAACUUCAGUCUCCGCUUCCACUACCCACAACACUACCACUGCUUUCUGCAAGCAUAGCAUCCACAAAAACUGUGAUAGCUAAUCCUGUGCUGUACCUAAACAACCACAUCCAUGAUAUACUUUACACUAUUGUGCAGAUGAAAUCACCACCACAUCCUAAUAUUGAAGAUGUCAAGGUGUACACACUUCAUUCUUUAGCAGCUUCACUUUCUGCAUCCAUUUAUCAAGCACUAUGUGACAGCCACAGCUACAGCAGUCAAACAGAAGCAAAUCAGUUUACUGGGAUGGUCUAUCAAGGACUGCUUCUGAGUGAUCGACGCAGACUGAGGACAGAAAGCAUCGAAGAGCACGCAACUCCAAACUCAUCUCCUGCUCAGUGGCCUGGUGUGAGUUCACUGAUCAACCUCUUAAGUUCAGCUCAGGAUGAAGACCAGCCAAAGCUGAACAUCCUGCUGUGUGAAGCUGUUGUAGCUGUGUACCUGAGCCUGCUGAUCCACGCCCUGGCCACCAACUCGUGCAACGAGCUGUUCCGGCUGGCAGCGCACCCCCUCAACAGCCGCAUGUGGGCCGCUGUCUUUGGGGGGGGCGUGAAGCUGCUCGUGAAACCCCGCAGGCAGUCUGAAAACAUCCCAGCACCUCCUCUUCCAUCAGAAGAAAUGGAUAAACACCGCCGUCGGUUCAACAUGAGAAUGCUGGUGCCAGGCAGACCAGUGAAAGACAGCAAUGUACCACCACCUGUACCUGCAGAAAGACCCUCUUACAAAGAAAAGUUUAUUCCUCCAGAACUCAGCAUGUGGGACUAUUUUAUGGCAAAGCCCUUUCUCCCUUUGUCAGACAGUGGUGUUAUAUAUGAUUCUGAUGAAAGCAUUCACAGUGAUGAGGAAGAGGACGAUGCUUUCCUCUCUGACGUGCAGAUCCAGGAACACACAGAUGCCAAUUCUUACAGCUGGGCUCUUCUACAUCUGACAAUGGUAAAAUUAGUUCUGCACAACAUUAAGAACUUCUUUCCCAUUGCUGGUCUGGAAUUCACCGAUCUGCCUGUAACAUCUCCAUUGGGCAUUGCUGUAAUAAAAAAUUUAGAACACUGGGAACAGAUUCUUCAAGACAGAAUGGACCAGUUUGAAGGCCCACCUCCAAACUACAUCAAUACUUACCCCAGUGACCUGGGUGUAGGGGCAGGACCAGCUAUUCUCCGCAAUAAAGCAAUGAUUGAACCUGAGAACACACCAUUCAAGUCAAAGGAUUACUCGGCUCUUCCAGCAAAAAGGCUCUGGCAUUUUCUUGUGAAGCAAGAACUUCUUCAGGAGACUUUCAUAAGAUAUAUAUUCACAAAGAAAAGAAAGCAGAGUGAGUCUGUAGAAGAUCGUGUGGAGCAGGUCAAACAAAACUGCGUAGCAGAAGAUCACAAAAACAAGGUUGAAGCAGAUCUUGGAUACCCUGGAGGAAAAGCAAAAAUCAUUCACAAAGAAUCAGAUAUGAUAAUGGCAUUUGCAGUUAACAAGGCAAACAGCAAUGAAAUUGUUUUGGCAUCUACACAUGAUGUUCAAGAACUUGAUAUUUCAGCUCUACUGGCUGCUCAGUCAUUUAUAUGGAUUGGGGAAGAAUAUGACAGAGAGUCUAAAAGUUCCGAUGACGUUGACUUCCGUGGUUCAACCACAACACUGGCUCCUUCAAGUGCACCAUCAUUUGGAGUGAGUCAGAUCCAGCCAUCUCCAUCCAUGCCCUGGCUGGGCACUGGCCAAACCAGCACUGGAGCUGGUGUGCUGAUUAAAAGAAAUCUGAAUAACGUCAAGAGAAUGGCUUCACAUCCAGUCCAUCAGUAUUAUCUUACAGGAGCACAAGAUGGAAGUGUGCGAAUGUUUGAGUGGACAAGGCCACAGCAGCUGGUGUGCUUCCAGCAGGCUGGGAAUGCCAGGGUGACAAGGAUGUAUUUCAAUGCCCAGGGAAAUAAGUGUGGUGUUGCUGAUGGCGAAGGUUUUCUAAGUAUUUGGCAAGUAAACCAAACCACCUCAAAUCCUAAGCCCUACCUGAGUUGGCAGUGCCACAGUAAAACCACAAGUGACUUUGCAUUCAUAACCUCCUCAAGUCUAGUUGCUACAUCGGGACAAUCCAAUGAUAACAGAAAUGUGUGCCUCUGGGACACCUUGGUUUCAUCUAGUAACAGUCUUAUACAUGCCUUCACUUGUCAUGACCACGGUGCCACAGUACUUCAGUAUGCACCCAAGCAUCAACUGCUGAUUUCUGGAGGUAGGAAGGGAUAUAUCUGCAUCUUUGACAUCAGACAGAGGCAAAUCCUUUUCACCUUCCAAGCACACGAGUCAGCUGUUAAGGCCCUUGCCCUGGAUCCUUCCGAGGACUAUUUUGUUACGGGCUCGGCCGAAGGCAACAUGAAGGUGUGGAGACUGACCGGCUACAAUUUAAUUCACUCAUUUAAAAAUGAACAUGCUAAGCAAUCCCUUUUCAGAAAUAUUGGUGCUGGUGUCACCCAGAUUGAGACUGUGCAAGGCAAUCGUAUCUUCUCCUGUGGAGCAGAUGGCACACUGAAAAUGAGGGUUCUUCCCAAUGCUUUCAAUGUACCUUCAGGCAUUUUUGACAUUCUGUAGCGUUCUGUGUGCUAAUCCUGGUUUCUAUAAUGUCCCUAUAAGUAGCUAAAAACACAGUGAUGUGCACUGUGGAAAGAAAACAUUGUGUUUCCUUUCAAAUCAGUUACUGCAGCAUUAAGUAUUAUGGGGAGAAAACCAACACUUUCACAACAGGUAUAUUUUGAAUAUGCCCAUAAGGAUCACUGGGGAGGAAAUGCAUGUACUGGAUUGUAAAAGCAAGGAAUUCAACCCAGUACUGUUGGUCAUGGGGGGUUAUUCCUCAGUGCCCCACAAGCUGCAUUUUGUGAGUGUUGUAAAGAUCCUGACAGUUGUCAGUCACUUCACAAGCACUGUGGCUCUACAAGUCAGUAAGCAUUUCUGACGUGAUUCUGAUUACUUUUAUUCCAGUUUUUCCCGCUAAAUGAAGCAUGUGUACAACUUCUCAUUGUAAAAUAGUUUAGUUUUAAUUAAGGGUACUCAGUGUAUUUGAUUUCUGCAGGAAGUGUAAUGGAUGCAAACGCCGUGGAACAUGUGCAAUCAAGGAUGUACUGUGAAAGAUGUAUCAUUUUAUGCUGAGAUUCUUUUCCCAGUUAGUAUUAUUGCACAGUUGAUACUGUAACUUGCACAUCAAUAUAUUUUUAAAUGCGAUGGGGUUUAAUUUGCACAGUAUUUUCCUUUCUUUCUGAGCUAUGUUUUCUAUUGGACACCUGCCUUUACUUUAGGAAUGUAUUGUAAGCACUAAAUGUUUGUAGUGAAGACAUCCAGCAUUCUAGUCAGCUUUGAGUUUUGAAAAUCAUUUGUCCAGAAAAUACUUCAUUAAAUGAAGCUGUUAAGAGAAUACCAAUGGAACAUAUAAUGCCACAUUUCAGAUGAAUGUCAGGCUUUAUGUGGCCAGCUAGUAAAUAGUGGAUAAAACUGGUAAUUAAAUUAUUACCAGAGUAUAUUGUAUAAACUAUGCAGAGUUCAAUAUUGUUUGCUUGUAAUAUAACUAGCUACUGUUGUCAGAUGUAUUUUUCUGUUGUAAACAAAAAACAUGUUCUUCAAAGACUGGAAUGGAUGUCUGUGUAUUUAAAUGUUAACAAACUGUCUUAUUCCUCCAAUGAAAUUUUGAUGUCUGUGCUGUAUUGUAAGAUAUUCUAGAAUAAAAAGCACCUUUCUCCAAAGGUGAUUUUAAAUUGCAGCUUGUGAAGUAGGAGAAGUAUGAAAAGAAGGAAGGGUAAAUGUCACUGUUUAGUUUUCCCUUUGUAAGUUAAAUAAAUUACUUUUAUUUCAUGAAA